CUCUGUGCCCAUUUCUUGCACACCCAAAAUUCUAAAGUCAAGAGGAAUUUUGUGCCUUGAUUCUGUAUUGAACCAAUGUCUCAUCAUUCAGAAGAAAACCAAACUGGAAAUUAUGGAUUAACCUUUCCCCACCUGGCAGUAGAACAGAGCUUUUCCUGUCAUUCUCAGAAUGUAUCCAUCUUGAUUUGAGGAAGGGUCUAUCAGUUGGUGUGGCCCCGGUGAUUGCAUCUAACAUGCCAGAGGUCCUCCUACCCCAAGUGUGAUGCAUGGGACUGAGUCUGUCUUUUUGUGUGACUCCCAGCAUGGAGUUUAAAUGGGAUUAGUGUAGUGUUGGAGUACAGACUGCCCUGCUGUGACAGAAGCUUGUACUACCAAGCAGAUAUGUUGUGGUAUAUACUCUUCUAUUUGUGUUGGACUGCCCAUGACUUUUCUUUUGGAAUUCACAAAUUUACAGCUAUAGCAACAUUUAGCUGUUUGUGAUUAUGUUUGGCGGGCACUCAAGUUUAUGAAGUAUAUAUUUUUAGAAAUAUUUUUGAUGGAACAAGCGUUAGACGCAUAUGGAUUUGUACUGUACCUGUUCCUUCCAUAAACAGAAGGCUACAGGUUCUAGGGUUGUGAAUCAAAUUAUUUUACCAACAUGAAAUAAACUAAACAAUUUUAAAAUUGAAAGGGGGACGGAGAAACAAUGAGCUGAGGCUGGGUAUAGAGUCCAGAGAGCAGCGUUACACUAAAAUAAUCUACAAACCAGGCAGGCAACAGGACCCAACUGAAGCAACAAUCCCUGCUGACCUAAGUCAUCACAUUCCAUCAGAAACAGCCAGAGAAAUCCAGUGAAAAGAGAAUUCACUGUCCUGCACACCUACAGCUGAUUACAGAGCUCUGACUAAAAGGCAGAAUGGCUCUGAGUGACCUCCUCUACCCAGAUAACCCGAAGAGACGUCAAGAAGUGAUCCGUCUGCACCAGGAGCUGCUGGACUGCAUGUUGGUUAAUUUCCAUGCCACAGAUGAACUGAUUGCAGUACUGAAUGCACACUUGGGGUGCUCAAUUGCCCAGAUUAAGAUGGAAAAGGGUGGCACCAUCAAGGAAAACUGUGACAUUAUCAUCCAAGCCAUGAGUGAGAUCCAACGGGAAGUAUGGAAGAUUGACAAAGAAAUGAAGGAAAUGCUGGAGCCAAUGCUGUACCAAAAGCUUUAUGAUAUCAAAGAGCCAGAGGUGGAGAAAAUUGCAAUAGCACACAAAGUUUUUUCGAUUGUUCUAGGAGAAGCUACUUCCAUUGCUGGUAUGGUAGCUGUAAAAUUAGUCGGCUCAAAUGUUAUAAUUGUUGCUGUUAACAAGCUGGUCACUUUGCUAGCCCAGAUUGGUGCUUCUGUUCUUGGAGGCAUUGGCAUUGCCAUUCUUGGGCUGGGUAUUGAUGUGAUCCUCCAGGCCAUCCUGGGAGCAGUCGAGAGGGAUCAACUUCUGGCAAUUGUUAAAAGUUAUGAGGAGCAUCUGGCCGAAUUUAAGGCAGCCUCAGAAAAAUAUCAGCAUGCCAUAACUGAAGUAACUUCUAUGGUGAAAUGUAAAAUUAAAUGAAUGGCUUUUAAUAUUCUCUCUGGCUGUCACAAUGACCACACUAAUUAUGCUUAUACUAACUUUUCUGAUUCUUUAUGGUAGAGUGAGCGCUCUUACUUCUUUUUUAGCAGCACAUAAGAUAGCCAUGGAAAUGGGGGCCUUGAUGGCUCAGGAGAUUAGCACAGAAAUAUACCAAUAGGUAAUUGGUUCAAGCCCACUCCAAGUAGGUAGUGUAUGACAGUACCUGCUCCAGAGGUCUGGUAGCUUAUGUGAACCAAGUUGGUUAUUUCCAAUCCACUUCCAAAUGCUUGAAGUACAAAAAUCAUCAUCAUAACUAUCAAUAAUUUCUACAGUUUGGAAAAAGGCCAGGUUUACAUUAGACAC